GAUGAAGUGAUGGUACCUCGCAAUGGUACAAUGUUGGAAUAUGCAUCAAAGGAAAUGACUGGAACAAAUGUUGGAGCAUUGUUAUUUAAGAAUUCUUAUGUUUCACUGGAACCCAGCAUUUAUGAAAAUGUAUUUUCUGGAGUCUCGAAGCCAGUGUUCCUAGAUGGUACAGCGUGGCCGAAGUACGUUUUCGAUGCCUCUGCAAUUUAUUGCUCAAGUUCAUUGGGUUAGAAGUUUCACGGAUUCUACAAAACUUACAAAAGAUUCUGAUGGUACACUGUUGCAUCAUCGCUUUGAUGCAAAAUGGAAAAGAGGAGAGGAAGUGGAGAAGCUGUUCACAUAUUUCCCAAACAACACCUCAGCGCAUGUUGCGAGUAUGCAAAAGACUGCUAUAACAAUAUUCAAUGGUUCGCUUCCCGUAUUCUCAUUUGAUUUCAUUAAAGGAUUGAACAAUUGCGUUCGGCAAAUGGAAACACAAAUUAUUUGUACAAGCACUGGUGGAAUGUGUAGAGAUCAUAUGGAUAAAAUGACCGAAUGGAUUUAUGAUAAAACUGAGAACGUUUUUGUAUAA